AUGCAAAGUGAUGUUGAAGUCAUACUUUCCAAGUAUCCAACAGUGUUCAGUGGUGUAGGUAAGCUAAACAAUUACCAAUUGAAAGUGCAUGUGAACCCCGAUAUCCCUCCAGUUGCCCAGCCACCUAGACGGGUACCUUUCCACAUACGUAAAGUUGUAGACAAGAAGAUUACAGAGCUUGAGGAUCUUGAUAUUAUCGAGUCGGUCCAGGGCCCAACCCCCUGGGUUUCACCUUUAGUCGCAGUCCCGAAGGCGAAUGGUGAAGUACGCGUCUGUGUUGAUAUGCGGCGGGCAAACGAAGCCGUCAUUCGUGAACGCCACCCCAUCCCCACAUUGGAAGAGACGGUGCAAGCCCUCAAUGGGGCAACAGUUUUCUCCAAGCUAGACCUGCGUUGGGGUUACCACCAAAUUGAGCUCCACCCAGAUUCUCGUGGCCUGACAACUUUUUCCACUCCCCAAGGUUUAAAGCGGUAUAAACGAUUAAUUUUCGGUUUGUCGUCAGCAUCUGAAAUGUACCAGUUUGUCAUCCAGCAAGUGCUAAUUGGGAUCCCAGGGGUCCGCAACAUAUCCGAUGACAUUAUUGUCUUUGGAACAACCCAGGCUGAACAUGACCGCAGUUUGGACCAGACCCUGCAACGCCUGCAUGCCAACGGGCUCACUCUCAACAAAGACAAGUGUCUCUUUAGUGUUCCUGAGCUAGUUUUCUUUGGCUUUAAAAUCUCUGCUGCCGGCCUGUCUCCAGAUGACAAGAAAGUAGAGGCCAUCCAAAAUGCCCCCGCUCCAACCAAUGCCGGGCAGGUGCGAAGUUUUCUUGGUUUGGUCAAUUAUUGUGCUCGCUUCAUUCCAAACUUGGCCACCAUUUCCGAGCCACUUAGGCAGUUAACUCGAAUGGGGGCCAAAUGGGCUUGGGGAAAACCACAGCAGCUUGCAUUCAACGAGCUAAAAUACAGUUUGACCAGCGACUGCGUAAUGGCUCAUUAUAACCCUGAAGCAGAAACUGAGCUUAGGGUGGAUGCCAGUCCAGUUGGGUUAGGCGCCAUCCUAAUGCAGUCCGAUGGCCACGAGACACGCCCUGUUGCAUAUGCAACUCUCACCGAUGUUGAGAGGCGCUACUCACAGACAGAAAGAGAGGCGCUCGCAGUUGUGUGGGGGUGUGAAAAGUUCCACCUGUAUCUUUAUGGCACUACGUUUAAACUUUUCACUGACCACAAGCCACUCGAGUUUAUCUAUAGCCCGAAGGGAAAACCACCUCCACGUAUAGAGCGGUGGGUCCUUCGUCUUCAGCCAUAUCGUUUUAAAGUGGUCCACAUGCCAGGGAAGACAAACCCUGCAGAUGUGCUGUCCCGAUUGCCAAUUAGUGGCCAGCCCACCCGUGAACGGAAUGUAGCUGAAGAAUACAUCAAUUUUAUUACAGAGAAAGCGGUUCCUAAAGCCAUGACACUGGAACAAAUAUCCAAAGCGACUCAAGAUGAUGUUAUCUUGCAACGGGUUCAGCAAUGUUUAUUGCACAACCAUUGGCCAGACAACCCUGACCUUCAGCGGUUUGCCAAAGUGCGAGAUGAGCUGUCAGCAAGCCAAGGCUUGCUGCUUCGAGGAACUCGUAUUGUCGUGCCUAAAUGCCUGCGCCAUCAAACCCUUUCCUUGGCUCACGAAGGCCACCAAGGCAUUGUGCGCACUAAACAACUCCUCCGUCAGAAGGUGUGGUGGCCAGGAAUCGAUGCUGAAGUAGAGACCCUCGUCAAGACAUGCCUACCCUGUCAGUCCACCAUGCCGCCAACUGUACCCGAACCGCUUCGUCCUUCGACCAUGCCUUCCAAACCAUGGCAGUCCAUUCAUAUUGACCUCUGUGGCCCCUUCCCUUCGGGAGAAAGCCUGCUAGUGUGUGUUGAUGCCUGCUCACGGUGGCCAGAAGUGGAGAUUAUUCGAGCCACAUCAUCAGAAGUUAUCAUUCGCCGUCUACAGAAGAUUUUUGCAACACAUGGGCUCCCUGAGCAAGUCACCUCUGAUAACGGUUCCAAUUUAGUCUCUAGAGAGAUCGAGGACUUCUUCUCUUCCCAUGGUAUAUACCACCGCAAAGUCACCCCAUAUUGGCCCCAGGCUAAUGCCACCGUUGAAAGAUUCUAUCGUACAGUGGAGAAGCAUAGAUAUCUCAUAUACACUAGAUAGCGCAUCUCAGAAUACAAAACUGAAGCCAAAAAUCUCAGCGGUUUCCCCCAUGAAAAUAGGCGGCGGCCAUAUUGGUCGUUCCCACUCAUCAAUGAAAUUCUAUAGAAAAUACUAUAUUUUUCUGCAUUUGUGGAUUAAAAAUACCUUUUUGAGAUAUGUUCGCGUUGAAAUCGCAUCUUUUUUUGGAAAAGGUUACAAGAAAAACAUUAAUUGGCGAUGUUGUUGUCUUUCAAUCGCAUUUUAAAGCCAAAAAUUUCGAAUUACUGCAUUCUUUAUAUUGUCAAGUGUAAAGUGCAUAUUCAAACUGUGGAUGAUUCUCUGGUGAAAUAUCGUAUAAUAUACAUCUUCUUACAGUUUCUGGCACCACUUUAUGGAAAUAGAAAAUUGGUAAGUAACGUUUAGAUUAUCAGCGAAGGCAGUUUAUACUGUAAAAUGUUUAAGACCGAGUCUUCACUUUGAACUUUCAGCUUCGGCAAUUUUCACUGUAAAUCUUUAGUAAAAUGUUUAAUUAUUAUAACUAAGACAGAGUCUGCACUUGGUCAUUUUUCACUGUAAAUCUUUAGUAAAAUCUUUAAGACGGAGUCUGCACUUUCAGCUUGGGCAUUGUUCACUGUAAAUCUUUAAUAAAAUGUUGGAGACAGAGUCUGCACUAUCAGCUUGGGCAUUGUUGACUGUAAAUUUUUAGUAAAAUGUUUGAGACGGAGUCUGCACUUUCAGCUUGGGCAGUUUCAUAGUAAAUAUUUAGAAAUAUGUUUGAGACAGAGUCUGCACUUUCAUCUUGGGCAGUUUCAUAGUAAAUAUUUAGCAAAAUGUUUGAGACAGAGUCUGCACUUUCAUCUUGGGUGGUUUCGCUCUAAAUUUUUAGUAAUAACUAUAACUUUCUCUGAUACAUUCCAUGUAUGAAAUCACUGGUGGUUAAAAAGUACAAGUUUGCUUAAUUUUUCCCCAAUUUUUUAUCCAGAUGAAUUCUCAGUGGUCUUCUUUCCAAGAUGAUAAAAUUUAACUUUGCAGUAACUCUUGAUGUUCUUGAUCAACUGAACAACAUGAUUUUCACCAACUGGUGAGUCAAAAAGAUGGUGAUCUAGCUCAGUAAAAAGGCUGGGUAUGGACAAUGAAGAAGCCAGAACUUUAUCCUUAGGAAAUCUAUAA